AUGAAGAAAAAGGCUUUCUCAGUCGUCUAUGAUGCUCAUCUCCGCCACAAAUCAGGGGCAAGAGGUACUGCUCCUACUGCUACUUGUACUACUCUUUCAUUUCUUUCUCCAAGAAACUCAUUCCUUCAAUCAGCUUUUCAUUCUGCUGCUUCUCAUGCCUAUAGUACUCGCAGUAAAAGUAGAAAUUGUCACCCUGAGAUUGUGCGUUCUGGGUCUCGGCGAUUAAGGAGUGAUAUUGACAGUACCAGCAAUCUUGAUGAAGCUCUAGGCUUUUACAAGCAGAUGGUACGGAUGAAACCUCUUCCUAGUGUUGUUCAUUUCACUCUAUUGCUGGGUCGUAUUGUUAAGAUGAAGCAAUAUUUGGUGGUUAUUUCUCUUUACAGGGAUAUGGCUGAGUUAGGAUGCAUUCCGCUUGAUGAGUACAUGCUAAAUGCUGUGAUUAAUUGUUACUGCUUCUUGGGCAGAGUGGAUUUUGGGUUUUCUAUAUUGGGUGGCUUCUUCAAGCGAGGUAUUGUGCCCGAUACGGCCACCUUUAAUACUCUGCUCAAAGGACUCUUUCGGGAACACAAAAUUCAUGAGGCACAAGGAUUGUUCAAGAAAAUAAUAUAUGAAAAGCUAUGCAUACCUAAUGAAAUUACGUAUGGGACUGUUAUAGAUGGGCUUUCUAAGGCUGGGAACACUAGCAUGGCCAUUCAAGUCCUUAGAUUCAUGGAAAAAGGAGGAAGGUGCAGGCCUCAUACAGCUGCUUACAAUACUCUUAUCGGCGGGUUGUGCAAGGAUAAAAUGAUGGAUCAAGCUCUCUCCCUGUAA